GCACUGGCAGUCCUCAAUUUUACACUUUUAUUACUAUUUCAACAGCCCUCUUCUGCUUAGGCAUUAACAUCAGUUUCCCUUCCUUGUUUCCUCCAUUUCAUUUCUCACCUCCUUCAACCACCCCUCCCCAAAAUCACACCAACUAAACCCCUCUGCGACCCCCCCCUUCCGCCGCUGGAGCUCCGAUUCCCCAAAAAUGAGCUCCAAUUCCCUGGUCCCAUUCCAGGAUUUGAACCACCUCCCCUCCACCUCCUCCCCCGCCCCCACCCCUCUCAUCGUCCCCAAAUCCGAACCCAAACUCGAGCCCCUCGACGAAGCCCUACCUUCUCCGCCGCCGCCUCCUCCUGCAUCGGCGGCGGAGGCGGCGGCGGAGCUCUUCUCCGAUUACAAUCGCCUCUUCGGUCUCUUCCAGUCCAACAUUCCGGGGGUAAUUCACCCAAACGGCGCCGUUUCACCUCUGCCAGAUUCCCACCCCGAUUCGCUCGCGCUCGUGUCCGUCCCUGACCCGCAGUCCAACCUCUCAAACGUCGUCGUCUUAACGCCACGUGGCGCCACGCGCAAGUACCAGGUGCGCUCCUCCGAGCUGGUCCGGAUCAUGGAUCUCAAACCCGAGGACGAGCUCUACUUCCGCGACAUGGUGCGGAAGACGCGGAUGCUCUUCGACUCGCUGCGCGUUUUCGCGAUUGCGGAGGACGAGAAGGAGCGACGGCGGGACGCGCUAGCCGCACACCGCCGCACGAGGGGGGACCUGAGGGCGGCGGCGAUAAUGAGGGAGCGGGGAUUGUGGCUCAACCGCGACAAGAGAAUCGUGGGGAGUAUGCCGGGGGUUUUUGUUGGAGAUGUCUUCUUUUUCAGGAUGGAAUUGUGCGUGAUUGGAUUGCACGGCCAGGCGCAGGCCGGAAUCGAUUAUGUUCCGUCUAGCCAGAGCUCGAACGGGGAGCCGAUUGCGACGAGCAUUAUUGUUUCGGGUGGGUAUGAGGAUGAUGAGGAUGCAGGGGAUGUGAUAGUGUACACUGGCCAUGGAGGGCAGGACAAGAAUAGCAGGCAGGUGGUGCACCAGAAGCUUGAGUGCGGGAACUUGGCGUUGGAGAGGAGCAUGAAUUACGGAGUCGAGGUGAGGGUGAUUCGCGGCUUCAAAUAUGAAGGUAGUGCUAGUGGUAAGGUCUAUGUAUAUGAUGGGUUGUAUAAGAUUAUUGAUACUUGGUUCGAUGUUGGGAAAUCAGGGUUUGGGGUUUUUAAAUUCAAGCUUAUUAGGAUAGAGAAUCAGGUCGAGAUGGGGAGUAGUGUGAUGAAGUUUGCUGUGAGUUUGAGGACGCGGCCAUUGGAUGCCCGGCCUAAAGGCUAUGUCUCGCUUGAUUUAUCGAAGAAGAAGGAGAAUUAUCCGGUCUUUUUCUUCAAUGAUGUUGAUCAGGAUCACGACCCGGUUUAUUAUGACUAUCUUGUCACUACUGUUUUCCCACCGUAUGUGUAUAAUCAUGCUGGGAGCGGUCAUGGUUGUAAUUGUGCUGGGGGGUGUCUGGAUGAUUGCUUAUGUGCUAUGAAAAACGGGGGUGAGUUUGCAUAUGACUUGCAGGGGAUUUUGGUGAGGGGGAAGCCUUUGAUAUUCGAGUGUGGGCCGCAUUGUAGUUGCCCUCCCACUUGUCGGAAUCGUGUGGCACAGAAGGGGGUCAGGAAUAGAUUUGAAGUGUUUAGGUCGAGGGAGACUGGUUGGGGAGUGAGGUCACUGGACUUGAUCCAGGCCGGUUCUUUUAUUUGUGAGUAUGCAGGAGUUGUUCUCACUCGCGAGCAAGCGCAGAUAUUCACAAUGAAUGGUGAUAGGUUGAUUUACCCUAGCCGUUUUGCUGGAUGCUGGAAACAAUGGGGCAAUUUGUCCGAAGUGUUCUCCGAUUAUGUUUGCCCAGAAGCUCCAUCAGUCCCUCCUUUGGAUUUUGCCAUGGAUGUUUCGAGAAUGAGGAACGUUGCGUGCUACAUGAGCCAUAGUUCAAGUCCAAACAUCAUGGUGCAGCUUGUAUUGUAUGAUCACAAUAACUUGUCUUUCCCACACCUCAUGCUAUUUGCUAUGGAGAAUAUCCCUCCCCUCAGAGAGCUGUCUCUUGAUUAUGGUGUAGCUGAUGAAUCAAAUAUGGGAAAACUUGCAAUCUGCAAUUAGUCCCCGUAUUGUUAAGUUGGCUCGAUGGUAAACUUGCUGGGGAGGGCUUGUGCUAAGCACAAGCAAGACAUUAAACAUAUGCUGCUUGGCAUGUAAAUAGAAGAUUCCUUCACAUACAUUUUGUGCUCGUUUUCUGAUGGAUGUGGAGGUUGCUGCUGUUUCCCGGCCUAGGAGAUUGCUGCUGGUUUUUGUCUUGACAUGUUUUGACCUUGCAGCGCACGAUUAUGCAAAAUAGUAGAAGAAAUAUGACUACACAGCCGAAGCAAAUGGUCCACGGUCUACUCUAGAUAAUAGAAAAUCUUCGGUGAGAUUAUCCUCUUAUCAUCAGCCUGUAUAUAUGAAAUUCUGACAUGCAUGUUCUUGUACAGGAUAUAGGUGUAUGUUCAUGGAUAAUUUCUUCAUCUAACGUCUAAUCUCUUAACGAGCUGUGGGAGCCAUUUUUUUUUGUUUGUAACAAAUCCGAGGUUCCCAAUUUUUGCAUUGUACAACUUUAUACACCCAUAUUCCUGAUAUGUAAUUGUCAUUUGCUUGCA